AUUAAGACAUUGUACGAGCAAUAUGUUCAAGUUCGUGAUUCUGUUGUCUGUCGUUGCCUGCGCCUUUGGUGCUGCUAUCCCUGAGGGUCUCCUGCCCCAGUUGGAUGGUCGCAUUGUUGGCGGCACUCCCACCUCCAUCAGCAGCUUCCCCUGGCAAAUCUCCCUGCAGCGUAAUGGCGGCCACUCCUGCGGUGGUUCCAUCUACAGCUCCAAGAUCAUCGUGACCGCUGCUCACUGCCUGCAGGGCGUGUCCGCCUCCAGCUUGAAGGUGCGC